AAAUCACUGUGUGUCUGAACCUGAAGGGGGAAAAUGCUGCGCUUCAUCUGCCUGUCCCUGCUGGGUGCCAUUGUCUCUGCAGGACAUUCAUGUACGCCUUUCUUGGCGAGCCUUGUGCAGUUGGAUGCUGGUGAUGGAAUGGUCCUUGGUGUCUCAGAAAGCGGACAUGUUUUUAAUUGGACGGGAAAUGACUUCCUCCUGGUACCUGGACAGCAGCUGGCACAUGUGACCGUAGGACCUGCUGGCAUUUGGGGAGUGGGCAAAGACAAUGUUGUGUACAAACUGCUGGGGAACCAAUGGAAAACAAUAACAGGCGGAACUCUGAAGCAAGCAGAUGCUGGAGGAAAUACAUUUCUAUCUGGAGUAAACACCAAAAAUAAUGCUGUCUGCCUAAACUGGGGCUUCACCACAUCCAAGUAUACAGCUGUGAGCUUCUCUACCAUGGACGGGAGCUUCAUUUACUACAGUUGUGGCCUCCUUGGCUGCUGGGCAUUGAGCAGUGAUUCCAACAACAAUGUGUUCUACCGCCAGAAUGUCGAUGAGAUGGACUGCCAGGGCAAUUCCUGGAUACAGGUCAAUGGGAACAUGACUAUGACUAAGAUCGAGGCUGGGACAGAUGGCUCUGUCUUUGGUGUUGACUCAGGGGGCAACCUGUACAGAAGACUCGGGAUCUCUCGUAAUAACCCAACUGGAACCAGAUGGCACCCCCUGAACUACCCCCUGUAUAUAAGCCAUGCUACCUAUGAUAGUGGCACUUUGUGGUGUCUCACCCCAAAUGGGGUGGUGUUUAGGUGUCAAGUUUCUGGCUCAGGACUAGUUUGAAAUACUAAUUAAUAUUGGUGCUCUGUUUUAUGAUUUUAUUCAGCCUGGGUUUGUUAUGUGUAAGGAACAAAAUAUUUGCAACCAAACUUGGGUAAUAGCAGUGUCAUUUUAGAAGACUUGGAACCUAUGUCUUUCUUAAUGUUUCAGGAAACACAGAAUUAACUGCAUUGACACUAAAGUGCCAGCUGGGUUGUACCAUAGGUCCCAGGUUUAUGAUGACACUUUCCAGGGUUUAACAAACAUCUUCAAACUUUUUGGGCUUGGCUCUCGUUUGUUAAUUCUACUUUAGUUUCCAAGGUAGUAAAUGAGUAUAUUAUAUCCAUUUUUUCAAACUAACUGCCCUUCAGGCUGCCCCAUUGACUGUUUUGAGCAACCCUAAGUUCUACAAAAUUAAGCCCUGCCCACAGAGUGCUAAAAUCCAGCCCACUGCCACACCCAUUACCACUCCUUCUUUAAAAGGUUGCAUAGGGAAAGAUCUUUUUAUGUGCGCUUAAACUAUAUAGUUAUAUGUAAUAGGCUGCUGUUUAAAUAAAUAAAAUGGGUGGUAUUUAAGAUAUUUUA